GGAUGUUACAGGGGGCCCCCACGCACAGGUUCAACACCUUGACCAUGAAGUAGAACACGUAGCCGUAAGGGGCCACUGCACACAGCGGGAACUGGUACCAUGGCGGAGGUCCAGGGGGGCCGCCCGGGGUGGUGGAGUUGACGUUGCCGGUGGGACUCAGCGUGGAGUUGAACAUCGUUGGCUGAUGCAGGGUUCACGGAGUCCACAGUCCGACUGAGCUUCACCAUGAGGAGAGCUUCUUCAUGUGGCACCACAUCAACAGGGCCAGUGGCUUUUUAAAGACCAUCCACUGGGACCGGUGCCACUUUUGGAUCGGACCACUCUGAUGAAUAACAGGGUGUAAAACAGUAAGCUGGUCCCAGGUCUGAUCCUAUGGGUGCUCUAUGUACAGCAGCCCUGCAGCCGAGCGUUCGUCCCACUGAUGCAACUGUUCAGUAAACAGGUGAUGCAAGAUAUUCAACUGAGAAAUUCAUCUCAACCUCAAGUAUGGGAAACGUCCCCGGUAAUGAAACCAUGAGCAACAACACCUCAUCAAUUCGGUACGAUAAGAUCUUCUACUGCUUCCUUCCCACGACGGUCAUCGUGCCUCCACUUGCAAUGCCGGCCAACGCUCUGGUCAUACGCCUCCUUCUGAUCAAACCUGGCAUCUGCUGCUCCUCGGAGAUCUUCACACUCCAUCUUGCGGUAUUAGACUUUUUCUUCGGCGUAAUGAUUCCCAUUGAGUUCAUCUGGUUUGUGUUGGUUCGAUCCCUGGAGACGGCCCACUUCAUAGCUUGGAGUUUGAAUCAGGCGGGAAGGCCGAUCCUGCUCUCCCUGUUGAGUUUGGACAACUACGUCGCAGUCUGCCAUCCGCUGGUCUUCCUCCGCCUCAAGGAUCCCAGGCUGAGGCUGUCGCUGUGCUUUGUGGUGAAUGUCGUCACGGCUUUCUCUUGCUGGCUGAUGAAAUUCUCCAAAGUGUACAGGUGGAAGGUGAUGUCCUGGCUCCUGUGUUGUGCCAUCGCGAUCACCUCGACCUGCAACGUGCUGAUUCUCAGAUCCCUCCGCCAAACAGGCCCCAGCAGGAAGGAGCUGCACCCAGUGAAAAAGCGUGCAUUCAAAAUAGUGCUCACUUCCUUUGUGCUGAUCAUCGUCCACUACUCCCCUUCCUUCUUGGAAUACCUGCUGAGGGUGUUUCUUUUAGGUCCCUUCUCAGCCCUCGCCAGUUUGACCUUCACGGUUCUUUCUUUGAGCAGUGUCGCUCAGCCUCUUUGUUAUCUCCAGCGCACCAAGCAGCUGCCGAUCCCAUGUCACCGCAGCUCUGCUGCUGAGACAAAAACUGUUGCCACGGUUUAGAGACUGACCUUCGUGAUGGAGCGGAUCCAGAAGUUUCCUAUUUCUUUGCAGCAUUUCCCACAGAAUUAAUUCAAUCCAUGGCGGUCGCUGUGGUGCGCAAAGGUUUUAUGCCACCUGAAAACCAUUAGGUCUGACUGUCUGCGUGGAUGGUAAAAACUUUAUUCGAGAAAACACAGGGCAAAUAAUGCGGAAUAUAGCAUCUUACACAGCUACUCAAUGCAGCAACAGAGCAAAACAACAAGUUAGAGAUGUCUUAUGUUAUUUUAAGGGGGAGGAAAAUAAUGUUUCGUUAAUUAUGAAUCUAACAAAUUAGAAAACAGUCCGCUGCCAGAGUCGAGAUAAUUAUUGGGAAACGCUGCGUUGUCAUGGAAAAAUAGGGCAUUACUCUUAGCAGAGGUUUGUAGCGUUUUCAUCAGUGUUUGUUUGUUAGUUAGCAAGAUAACGUAAUAUCUAUGUAGAUGGGAGGGGCCUGAUUCAAGAGAGAACCUAUGACUUGACAGUUAUGUUUCCUAUUGUUCGGCUUUGGUGGAGGUACGAGAUCUUCUGAGUGCCGUUCUAGUUAGAGAUUAGAGAUGUGAGAUUAUUCAAAGGUUAAAGUAAGUACGGUUAGUUUCUGCAUGUGUGUAAAUACUUACAAACAUAAAAUUACUAAAUUUGUAUCUUUGAUUCUUAAAUUUGGGAAACAGGAUGUGAGGUGAGGGAAGCUACUCAACAUUGGUUGUUCGUCCACAAAAACAUUAGUUAUUUAAAAAUGUGCUUAAAUUAUACGCUACUACAUUGUCUUUGUGUUUGUGAAUCUGUUUCUGUAAUGAGCAUGUUCAGCAUUGGAAAAUAUAACUUUUAAAACAAUAAAUGCAAU